AUGUCGUGGGACUUGCUGCAGCGAUUCCUCGAAUCCGACGUCUUCAAUGCGAAUCCCUUCCUCUCCGUCUCCUACCUGUCCCGCUAUGCCGACCAUGUAGGCAUUCACUAUGUGCUGUGCAACAAGCUGCGACAGUUCCCCUACGAGGACAUCGAGUUCUUCCUGCCGCAGCUAUGCCACCUCAUCAUAAGCGUCGACAACGAGUCAAUGGCUCUGGAGGAGUUCUUGUUGGAUUUAUGCGAGGAGUCUGUGACCGCCGCAUUGUUGACGUUUUGGCUCUUCCAGACAUAUCUGCAUGAUCUGUCGUCGAAUCCGCAGUCUAAUGCCUUUCAGACAUGUCGUCGAGUCUACAACAAGGUGCAGCACAUCGUGUUUGGACUUGCAGACACUGCGCGGCACCACAAGAUCAAGGAAAACGUCCUGCCCGUCACGGUGCUCUCCAGCUUUGUCCUUGCGAGUGUGGCCCUGCCAAUGAUACCGAGAUGGGCCGGCCCCCUUGCUGUCGCGCAGGCUCGAAAGCCGCAACCCAUCACAGAGGAUAAUUCGGACGGAAGCGAAACUCCAAAGCCCACGGCAAAGGCUUCCUCGACAAAGCCCACGAGGGCAAACACCGUCACCAGUCCAAUCUCGAAAUCCCGGCGGGCCAAGGAGCCGUUAUCCCCGAGCGCAUCCGAUAACAGCCUGGACAGCCGACCAUCAACACGACGAGUUAAUUCCCAAGCACCAGCCUCUCGUUCACCGUUGAACCCGGACUCGAAAAGACCGUCUGCCCUGGAGAUGAAAUCCCUGGAAGCGAGACUCAGCACCGCAUCUCUACCUCUACCAUCCCCAAGAGGCCCAUCUCGACCAGCAACUCCCGUUUCUGCGGGGAUAAACGCAAGGCCUACAGAUGCCCAGAAAUCACAGCUCCUGAGGCAACAUUACUUCAGAUCACAAACUCAAUUCUUGUCCGCGCUUGAAGGCAUCUCCAACCGACUGGUCGCCGUGCCGAAACCCGCCCGUAUGAGCGCUCUGCGAGCUGAGUUGGCCCUGAUUGGAAGAGACUUACCAGCCGAGAUCGAUAUCCCCAUCAUUUGCCCGCCGACCCUGAUUGACGGGGCGCCGGGCAAGAGUCGCCAUCAUCGAAUCGUACGGCUCAAUCCCGCCGAGGCAACGGUCCUGAACAGCGCUGAGAAGGUGCCAUAUUUACUAAUGAUCGAGGUACUGAGAGAGGACUUUAGCUUUGAUCCCGAGGUUCCGGAUAACCAGCGGCUGUUGACCAGUCUCCUUGGCGGCAGCGGGCCCUCAAAAAGACUUUUUGACCUCUCUUCAGAGAUACCUAGGGUCGCUCAGGUCGUUCCGCCUCCCGAGCCAAUCAUAGACAGCGUGUUCGAACCAACUUCUGGUGAUUUGGGAAGCUCGCCUCUCCUCAAGGCUUUCGAUGACGACCCUUCGUCUCUCGGCUACCACUCAAAGCACUCUACUGACCAACGAUUCUCUAGCGGAGCAACAACCGCAUCUACAACACUGGAUGCCAUUACACCACGGACCUCAGGGCCGUACUCUUCUAGAUCUCCCAGUCCUGGCUCUAGGCGACGGAUGACACUCAACAUGGCUCGCGCCGACCAGCCAGAUUUCUCAGCAUUGGCUACACACAUGAGGACAGCGUCGCAGAUGCUGGCUCAGCUCGAGGCCACGAGCGGCAAACGACCAAAACACGAAGUGGCUGCGAUUCGAGCCAAGAUCAUUGCGAGCAUGCAAAGCCUCGAGGAGCAGAGCUUUGACGCAGAUGAGCACGGCCCUACAUUUGACACCAUCAUGGCCAAGGCCAGCACAGCCAGCGCCAUACAAGCCAUAGACCCGGAUCUGGACGAAGAAGAGGCGGCACCAAUUGACCCCAAUAUCAACGCCAGUGCGGGCAGAGAAAGGAUGGAGAACGACAUCAAGACGGGAGGCGUCCAGCGUCGUGGUGAUCGCGACGACCCUAGUGCGGCUGUCUUUGGAGAAGCCUGGGAGGCCAAGAAGGAGCGAAUUCGCAAAUCGUCGCCCUACGGAUGGAUGAAGAACUGGGAUCUCGUGAGCGUCAUUGUAAAGACGGGUGCCGAUUUGCGGCAAGAGGCUUUCGCAUGCCAGCUCAUCAAUGUCUGUCACAAGAUUUGGGUGGACGCAAAGGUGGACGUCUGGGUCAAGUUGAUGCGCAUUCUCGUAACCGGAGAGUCGUCUGGCCUCAUUGAAACGAUUGCCAACGGUGUGUCCCUGCACUCGCUCAAGCGAAGUCUUACGCUCGCAUCGAUUGAGGCUGGAAAUAACCCCCGGCAUCGAAUUGCCACGCUAAAGGACCACUUCAUCAAGGCUUUUGGCCAGCCUGACAGCAAGCCCUACAAGGCUGGUCUCGAGGCGUUCAAACGUUCAUUAGCGGCAUACAGCAUCAUCUCUUACGUCCUACAGCUUAAAGAUCGGCAUAACGGCAACGUGCUGAUUGACAGCGAGGGCCACAUUAUUCACAUCGACUUUGGAUUCAUGCUCUCCAACUCGCCCGGAUCGGUUGGAUUCGAAGCUGCGCCUUUCAAGCUCACACACGAGUACGUAGAUGUCCUUGGAGGCGUGGGCUCACAAGACUUUGAAGAUUACAAGAAGUUGUGUAAACAAGCUUUUCAGGCCCUUCGACGGUCAGCGGACUACAUCAUCGACCUCGUGGCCAUGAUGGGCCGGGAUUCGAAAAUGCCCUGCUUCGCCGUCGGCGUCACGCAUGCCACGACGACCCUCCGCCAGCGCUUCCAGCUGCAUCUCAGUGCCGACGAGGCGGAGAACUUUGUUGAGACGGACUUGAUUGCCAAGUCGUACGGCAGUUAUUACACGCGAUUGUAUGAUACUUUCCAAUAUCGCACUCAGGGUAUAUACUAG